GAUAAGGUCGUCGGAUUAUGAAGUGUACGUGGAAAGUUUCUCCUAUCUUUCUUUAAAUUUAGCGUUUUUGGAAUUGGCAAAUUCAAUUGCUGACAGAAAAUGAGUUUUAAUCAAAAAAUAGUUCUUGUGACUGGCGCUAGUAAAGGCAUCGGUGCAGCGAUAUCUGUGAAAUUCAGCAUAGAAAAGGCUAGUGUGAUAUUAGUCAGUAGGAAUGAAAAUAAACUACAAGAAGUGGCGCAAAAAUGCAAGGAUUUUGGAGGUAAUCCUUUAGUUAUAGCAGCAGAUGUAACAAUAGACGCUGACGUUGAAAGAGUUAUAAAAAAAUCAAUUGAACAUUUCGGAAAACUGGAUGUACUAAUUAAUAACGCAGGAUUUGCUGCUUCAGAAAGUAUACUUUCAAAGAAUGCAUUAAAAGUAUUUGAUAAUAUAAUGGCAGUUAAUCUUCGAGCACAUGUAUUGUUCACGAAUCUUGCAGCAACGUAUUUGAUCGAAACAAAAGGAUGCAUAAUAAAUAUAUCGAGUAUAGCAUCUACAGGCAUCUGCCUCAGAACUAAUUCGCAAUAUUCUGCAUCUAAAGCGGGCUUAGAUGCGUUUACAAGAUCGAUUGCUAUUGAAUUAUCUCAAUAUGGAGUGCGAGCUAAUUCAGUGAAUCCUGGACCAGUAAAAUCUGAUUUUAUGGAAAGUAUGGGUUUGAAUGAAGAUCAACAAAAGCAAAUGUGGGAGAUGUUGGUGAAAGGGACAGCGUUGAACAAUAUAAUAGAACCGGGUGAGGUAGCUGAUUUGGUUUUAUUUUUGGCGAGUGAUAAAGCAAAAAGUAUAACAGGAUCAUCUUAUGUGAUUGACAGUGGGGUUUUAUUGAAAGGUAUAAUGGAUGCUUAAAAGCUAUGUAUGAACAAACGCAUAACAAGUUGCACUGUCCGAGGCAUUGGGGGAAUGGAUUUUAAAUCGGUUAGCAUCAUAGGCAUCGCAUGAUCCAUGCUGGGUCUAAGGAGGCAGCUACUACUAAUCAGGUCUGAAGUAGUUUUUGUAUCUUUUUUCAUUUGUUUAUUCUCUAGGAAGGGGCAGCUGUCUGCUGUCUCUGAUGUCACCCACUAUAAGCAUUCUAGCUAAAAGAUU